AUGGCCUGGAGUUUCCGUGGGAGAGUCCAGCUGGGGGGACUGCUCCUCUCUCUCCUUGGCUGGGUGUGCUCGUGUGUCACCACCGUCCUGCCCCAGUGGAAGACUCUCAAUCUGGACCUGAAUGAAAUGGAGAUCUGGAUCAUGGGGCUCUGGGAGGCCUGUGUGAGUCAGGAAGAAGUUGGCACUGUGUGCAAGUCCUUUGAGUCCUUCUUGUCUCUGCCCCAGGAGCUCCAGGUAUCCCGUAUCCUCAUGGUAGUCUCCCAUGGGCUGGGGCUGCUGGGACUUCUCCUCUCCGGCUGUGGGUCUGAAUGCUUCCAAUUCCACAGGAUUAGAUGGAUACUUAAGAAGCAGCUGUGCCUCCUAGGAGGGACUUUGGAGGCAUCAGCUUCUGCCACUAUCCUUCCAGUCUCCUGGAUGGCCUAUGCUACAAUCAGAGACUUGUGGGAUACCACUCUUCCUGAUAUUGUGCCACGAUGGGAGUUUGGAGAUGCCCUCUACCUGGGUUGGGCUGCUGGGAUUUUCCUGGGUCUUGGUGGGUUACUCCUCAUCUGCUCUGCCUGCCUGGGAACAGAAGACAUGCCCAGUCCCUGGAGGACUGAUCCCACAGCCUCACCAUCCUGUACUCCAAUGGAGGAAUUUGAUGGCACCUUUUACCUCGCACCAAGACCUACCAACCUAGCCAUCUAG